AUGUUUCCAGCCGGUUCAAUCUGGAAGCUAUACUUUGUUUCUGCCGCGAUUGCUCUGGUCGGCCUACCAGCCGUUGAGCUUGCCGAAAUCCAGCGACAAGCCCUUUCCCGAAGAGCCCCGAUGCCAGAUGAUGGAGUCCGGGUGAAGGGUUCCAUAGAAUGUGGUGACAGCUGGGCUACUCAACAGAGGGUCCCGUUAGGAGCAUUUACUAAACAAGUUGAGAUUAAUCUUCAGCGCGCCUCGUGCAGAGGCUACGAUGCGAAGGGUUACAAUUGCGUCUGGUCCUCAUGCAAAGCGAAGAAGAAAAACGGAGUAAUACCUCUCCAACUUAUACAAUUUGUAGAUUGCGUACGAGCCCCUAAUCCUGGCGAGGCAGGGGGAUUCACACCAGUAAAAUUCAUGCGACCACUCCAAAUCUGGGCCAAAAAUCUCGAUGGAUUGUUAGUGGCCGUAGGUGUGGACAGUGAUUCCGACGAUCCAAUAGUACGUCGGUAUGGAUGCACAUGGAGCUUACCCGAGUCAAACAACAACUUCAGACCAUACUGUGAUGAAUGCUAUCACACCACCUUCCAGGAACCUCCUCCACCUUUAAAUAUCGGCUAG